UAGUAGUGCGGUUAAUUAGGGUAAAUAAUGGUCAACUCUAGCACGAUGUAGUGAUAAAUUCUAGCAUUCUAGGGUGAUUGUCGUCGGUUGAUCUGUUAUUUGUGUGAAGUAUUUGUUAUGAUCGUGGACAUACAGAGAGGCAACGUGAAGUAGUAGGGUUAUGAUCGUUUCAACAAAAUCAGCUGUGUUUUGUAAUUAAAAAAAAAUUGAUCCGUGUUUGACAGGCUUAAAUCGUCUAUUGUCAGAAGUUCGAGUAAAAAUUGUCAAAGCUCUUCGACAUCGAGCUAAAUCUUGAAAAUUACCGGUUUUCGGGUUGUUCAUUUUUAGGUUAUGCUUAUUACGAUUUGAUUGUGGUUACAAAUAAAAUAUUUUAUGCUGUGACAUAACUAUUAAACGGUCAUUGUUUAUGUCAAUGUAUGGAUGUGCGUGUCCGAAAACAUGCUUGUGUAACCUUUGUUUUCAAACGUUGUGUCAAACGAAACCUAAGGUUUUUUAUACAGUGGACACAAUGGAAAUUUCCCAAGCAAGUGAGAGUGAAAAUCUGAGAUCAGAUCUUAAUCAAGACUUUAAAGAAGUAUUACAAGAUCUUCCAGAAGUCUUAACAUUUAUACAUAGACUCCAAGACCACAUCACAUGGCAAGAGAAGAAGAUCAACAAAUUACGCAACAAAUUAACUGGACUUAAAAAAGAAAACCUACUGUGUGAAAAAAAAGUUUACAUUGACUGUGGAACACAAACAGAAUCGAAAGAUGCUGAGAAUAAGUCAAUCCCUGAACAAGACUGGACAGUGCUUCCUUCGACAGAAACUGUUGAAAAUAUUGUGGAGCAAGUCACUAAAGCAGCAGAAUCCGCACUGCAACAGACUGGAUUUGUUUAUGAAGAAACAUCUGGGCUCUAUUAUGAUUAUAAUAGUGGAUAUUACUAUGAUGCGGAACAAGGUCUUUACUAUGAUGGAAAUUCAGGGACAUAUUAUUAUUAUGACGAACCAAGCAAAUCUUACAAGUUUCACAGUCAAGCUGAAUUGACUUCGAGUGAAACAGCACUGCAGAAACAAACAACUUUGAGAAAGGAAAAACGGAAAGCCAAAAAGGCGAAUAAGGAUGUGGUGAAAAAGCGCAAAUCGUUAAUGGCCAGGAAAAGCGAAUCAGGAAAUGAAGAUGACCAAGAAGAGGGCGAAUGCUCAGCUAGUGAUACCAGUUCGAGCACUCAAGAAAAUACUUCUGAAUUAUCCUCUAGUAACGAGAGUGAAAACGAAGGCGAUCAAGAAGUAGCAAAGAGCUACCCACCUUGCAUCAGAAUUAUCGUCAAGGAAACCAAUAUACCCAAGUUAAAACUUGGAUCUCUGUUUGUGGUUGCUUACACAGGUGGUUCAAUGGGUAGAGAAGGCGACCACGCUGUUCUAAUACCAGACAUAAAUAUUAGCAAGCAACAUGCAAGAUUCCAGUAUGACGAAUCGAAGAAACAGUACGAAAUAAUUGAUCUCGGAUCUAGAAACGGAACCUUAUUGAAUGGAAAGAGGCUGUCAGUAGCCAAACAGGAGUCUGAUCCCUCCGAGAUCGUGCACGGUUCGGUAAUACAAGUCGGGUCUACAAAGCUACUAUGCCAUAUCCACAAUGGAUACGAAACUUGUGGUCACUGCGAGCCAGGAUUGGUGCAAAAAAGUGCCACUGUCAUGGACAAUGUUAGUGAGAAGAAAGAUCAGCAUAAAUUGGAGUUGAAGAGAUUAAAACAUAAAUUUGGUGUCGAGAAGAAUAACGUUACAACAUCUAGUCAAGUUGCACCUGGUUAUACAGAUCGAGCUCAAGCCAGAAGAGUCUUAGUCGGAUCUUUGAACCAUCAUGCUAAAACUGAACAGAGUUCUUUAGAUACUUCUAUAGCCAAGGACAACAAAGGUUUCAAACUGUUAUCGAAAAUGGGCUGGUCCGAAGGGAAAUCACUCGGAAAAGACGGCGAUGGUAGAACUGAGCCGGAAUUUUCUAAAUAAUCGUUGAACGUUGAGCUCGGGAGCCGAGAAACUGCCAACCAGGUAUAUGGGCAAUGAUCCGAAUAAACCUGCUGCGGUGUCUCGAGUGUCAAUGUAAGCGCGGCAUGGAAGCGGCAGCGGCGGCGGCGGCAGCGGCAGCGGCAGCAACAGCGGCGGUGCAAGGUGGACGUGAUACGGAGUUCGGAGGAAGGUGUUGGUAUAUCUGGUCAAACACCAUCGUAAACUAAGUCGUGAUCCGCGGUCCGUUCCCGGUGGUUGGGAAAGGUGUGCGAAUGCGCGGUAUACAUUAUAGGUGGGUGAGUUUUACUUUGCUGCGAGGAUAUCUCCGCCUCUCUUUCUCCUUCUUCUGAACCCGGGAGAGAAGAGCGGUUGGCACUUGCCAAGGGAGUUUGGAAAAAGGGUGAGAGAAGGAAGGAGGAGAAAAGUUGUAGAGCGAGAAGAAGAAGAAGAAGAAGAAGAAGAAGAAGAAGGAGCUGUGUGCUGCGGGGAGUCGAGAACUGAGAACUGGGAACUUGGAACUGAGAAGAGGAGAAGCGGGUAUUAAGAAAGGUUACAACAAGCCACACAGGCAAUAACAGCGGCAUUAAGUGGUCUAGACAGAUGCAUCACCAUCAGAGUGAUCAGGGAAGCGAACCGCGUGGGCGUUGACUUCUCCUUUCCUAUAUACCAAACCGAGAGCUGCUAUCUCAACCUGUGGAACCGAGUGAAAAGUCGGUGAGCGUCAACCGUUUACGACCGGCUCGAUUCGAUUCUCCGUUUCAAUUAUUAUGAAAAGCACCGAGUUUUAAUGGCGGGAAUUUUUCUAUAUUUCGACGAGUCGUUUUUGGGCGUUGGUAAAAAUUAUCGUACGAAACGCCAGUUUCUGGAGGAAUAUCAAUCCUCCCGGUGUUAUAUACGAUCAAAGAUUCUCCUAAUUGGUACCGCGUGGUGCAGGCGACGGGACAGCCAAUAGAGUCUGAUAUUUCAUUCGCACCGAAAGUGGCUCUAAAAGCGUCUGUGUAUAGCUCAGUCAUCCGUCCUAAAGAUAUAUACGCCAACCCUCCACGCGCUAUCGCCGUAUUCGUCGUUCUCAAAUCCGCUACGGUACAACGACGACGCCGAGCCAUCGCACAGCCCCCUUUUCUUUUAUACGUACACAUCGAGAGGUCCGACGUCUAUUUAACAAACACACUUAGGGAUGCACGGCAAAGUCGCUUUCGAAGGUAAACAAAUCUCGGAUGAGGGCUCGCGACAUAUCCGCGGGUGUAACGUAUACGACGCGUAUUAUACUACGGCGCAUAUCCUACGGGAUAUUAUACUCGUAUUCCAAAUUCAACCAGGAAAUAAAAUCCCCCUCCCCCCUCAUUUACAAUAUGUACCUACGCGUUUUGUAUACACUUGCGAGGUGUAUUGGAGGAUAAGGAAGAGAAAAUAGAAGGGAGAGCAAGGGAACGAAAAAAGGAGAAGCUCGUGUCUAAGAUAUGGAAGGAUGAUACGCGUGGUGCACAAGUUUGGCGAGGGCCGAGCUUUAAAAUCCUAACAUCUAUAUAUAUAUAUAUGGAAACGAGCCUCGGCUCGCAAGUAAGUCAAGUGUCUGAGGUAGGAGAGCUCGGCGAAGGGGUGAAAGGGGGUGAGAGGGUGUUGCCGGGGGCUGUAGAGGUCUCAUUUACAUCCAGACGGGGAGACACUUGCCCCAAAUACUCGUGAGGAUUCAGUAGAGUAUCUCUUCUAUGGCCGGCCAACCGAAAAACUAAAACUGCCUCAGCUUUUAGCGAUAAGAGUGCCUCGCUCCGGUAUUCGAAAAAGCGUUCUCCGUGUUCCUAAAAUAUCUGUACCUAUAUGAAUGGGUCGAAAAAAAUGGCGAGUAUCCGUUUAGCGGAAAGAAUUUGCCGGGAAAUACAGUAUGAAAUUUAUAAAACCAACAUCGACUCGUGUUCGCGAAACUCCCUGAAAAAAAUUUUGUUUCUCACGUUAUUACAUUUUCCCACAUUUGUUUUUCCCCCCCUCGAACGGUAUGUAGAUUAUUCCGUGAAAAUUUAGUUCGUCGUUUCCAAAGGUAUGUCAACGACUUAUCUAUAGGUGAGCAGCGAGUUAUAUGAGGAAUUUGCGGCGGUAUAGCGAAAAAGUAACUUUCAGCUCGUAUGAAACUUUUCGUCGGGCAAAUAUGAUGCAUUGUCUUAAAAUAAUUCAGCUUCCUUUUUAGUCUGGCAAUUUUAAGAAUGUCGUUUAAAACUUACGUAAGACACACGUGCGCCAGACAUGGGGUGGUAUUUGUUACAUCCACGUUAUAUAUGUAUAAUAUUUACUCACCAUAGUCAUCCGCUCGUUUUCUUCGGGCCUUUGAGCCUUUGGUAGAAAGUUUCCUGGGUUAUUGUCCAACUUUUGACAUGGAUACCUGUGAAAGUUCCCGCGAGUCUCGUGCGCGGAAAAUUUUUUCAACAAUCAAAAAUCCCUUACCUGGUGUAGUAAAAAAAUCAUCCGCGGGAUUUAUAAAUGAAAUUUUUUUUUCCUGUCCCUUUCGGAGGACUUGCGCAAAUACACUCGAAGAAAAGUCGAACGAUGAAUAAUCAAAUCAGAACCCUUCAAAUGGCAGGCAGUUUUUGGGGGACAGAACAAAAUUUUUAUACCAUC